CAUGUCCGACGUGGAAUCGGACCAAUCCGGGCUCCUGCACGUCCGCGCGUCAUGUGACGACGUCAGUAGCGCUGCACGCGGGAGUCAUUCAACGUGAAAGUUUAGUUUUUUAAACAUUUACUUAUUUCUUCUCGGACCACAGAGCCGACUUUGAACCGGUGAGAUGCUGAGCUCCACCAGGCUGCUGACCCUGGUGCUGGUGGUCCAGCCGGGCAGAGUGCUGCUCGGCCUGAAGAAGAGAGGGUUUGGGGCCGGGAAGUGGAACGGGUUCGGAGGCAAAGUGGAGCCCGGAGAAACCAUUGAAGAGGGUGCACGAAGAGAACUGCUGGAAGAAAGCGGGCUCACGGUGGACGCCCUCCAGAAGGUUGGAAACAUCACGUUUGAAUUCGUCGGUGAACCGCAGUUGCUCGACGUCCAUGUUUUCAGAGCCGACGCCUUUAACGGAGAGCCGACAGAGUCAGAAGAAAUGCGGCCUCAGUGGUUCGAAUGUGACCAAAUUCCUUUCAGUCAAAUGUGGGCCGACGACGUCCUGUGGUUCCCGCUGAUGCUGCAGAAGAAGAAAUUUGUCGGAUACUUUAAGUUUCAGGGUCACGAUGUGAUCCUCAGCCACAAACUGGAAGAGGUGGAGAACAUUUAGGACCGGCCUUCCAAAGUUGAUGAGUUUGUGUUAAAAAAAAAAAAGAAGUAACACUUCAUGUGAAUAAAAAUCUAAUCAAACUGAAAGAAAUAUCCAUUCUGUCAUUUUA